AUGGCCGCGGGCGCCCGGGCGCCGCAGCCCCGCGUCCUGCUGUGCCUCGGGGCGCUGCUGGCCCGCGCGGUGCCCGCAGGACUGGGGGCUGUGGUCAUCGGCGAGGCUCUCGGCACUGUCACGCUGCUCUGUGGCAACACCUCAGCACCCAGGGGUCUGGUGACCUGGUACCGGAACGACUCGGAGCCCGUCUUCCUUCUGUCCUCCAAUUCCAGCCUCCCACUGGCUGCACCUCGCUUCUCUCUGGUGAACGCCAGCGCCCUGCGCAUCGAGGCUCUGAGCCUGCAGGAUGAGGGCGUCUACUCUUGCCAGGAGGUCCUGAAUGACACUCGCUACUUCCCCGUGUCGCUGCAGGUGGCAGAUGGCCCCUUCCAGGUGGAGGUCAACGUCUCCGCCUCGGGCUCCCUUCCCAACGGCACCCGGUUCGUGGCCAGGGGCUCCCGGGCGGCCUUCAGCUGCCGCAGCCGCGCCCGGCCUCCGCCCCGGGUGGAGUGGUGGUUCCAGGCCGCCCCGGGCCGGCCCGAGCUCUUCGGGAACAACCGGACGCUGUCCAGCUUCGCGCUGCUGCAGAUGUUGCCCAGUCUCCAAGGCAACUACACCUGCGUGGCCACCAACACGCUCAGCGGGAGGCAGCGAAAGGUGACCACCGAGCUCCUGGUCUACUCCCCUCCUACAUCAGCACCUCGGUGCUCUGCAGAGACGGCCUUGACAUCGUCCACUCUGCAGCUCACCUGUCACUGGGAUGGGGGAUACCCUGAGCCUAACUUCUUGUGGACAGAGGAACCAGGAGGGAUGAUCCUGGGGAACUCAUCGCUGGGGGUGGAGGUGGUGAACAACACCCAGCUGGAGGAUGGCAAGACCUUCAAAUGCCUUGGCAGCCAUGUAGUGGGGCCGGAGUCGGGAGCCAGCUGUGUGGUGCAGAUCAGGAGCCCCUCGCUUCUCUCCGAGCCCAUGAAGACUUGCUUUGUGGGAGGCAACGUGACGCUCACCUGCCAAGUGUCCGGAGCUUCUCCUCUCGCCAAGAUCCAGUGGCUGAGGAAUCUCAGCCAGCCCGAAGCGGUUCUCCAGCCCAGCAACCAUUACCUCAUCACCCAGACUGGCCAGAGCUCCAACCUCACUGUCCACAACUGCUCGCGGGACCUGGACGAGGGCUACUAUGUCUGCCGAGCUGAGAACCCUGUGGGGGUGAGGGAGGUGGACAUCUGGCUAACUGUGAAAGAGCCUCUCAAUAUCGGAAGUGUGGUGGGAACCAUCAUCAGCCUCCUCCUGUUGGGAGUGGCUACUAUUUUCGGACUUCUGUUGUAUUACAGCCCUGUGUUCUGCUGGAAAGGAGACCCCUUGAGGGGCCAGGACAUGGGUGAUGUGAUGGUUUUGGUGGAUUCAGAAGAGGAGGAGGAGGCCGAGGGAGCAGAGGAGGAGGAGGCCGCAGAGGAGGAGGAAGAGAUGAGAGAGGAGUUGCCGAAAGAAGUCCACAAGCAUGGCCACAUUCACAGAGUGACUGCACUGGUGAAUGGAAACCUAGAGCAACUGAGGAACGGACUCCAAGAUCUCCAAGAUGACAGCAGUGCCCCGCAAAGUGACAUUGCUCAAGAAGACAGGCCAGUUUGAAGAAGGGGAUCUGUCCACCGUCACCUUGUUUUGAAAGUGGGGGAAAGCUCCAUUUGAGAAAACAGCUCAUCGCCUGGCUCUGACCCCGACCCCUCCCAUCGCCACCUGGGAGCUUGCAUUCACAACAGCAGCCAAGAAGAAACACAUCCAUCUUUCCUUCCAUCUCGUCAUUGCUUUGAUUUGCUAGAAGUUUCCUGGAUGUUAAGACAUUGUGGGAAGGAGCAAUGUGUUGGGGGAAAGCAAAUGGCAAUGGAGGUACCAUUUUGCCUGUGUCACCUGGCUCUGUCCAGGUUGGCUGUGACAGACCUUGAUUUGCAAGGGGGAGCACUGGUCUUGGUGCUCUGUGCUAUUAUUAAAGAUCUGGGGCCUGGCACCAGUGGCUCAUGCCUACAAGCUACUCGGGAAGCUGAGAUCUGAGGAUCACGGUUCAAAGCCAGCCCAGGCAAGAAAUUCCAUGAGAGUUUUAUUGCUGAUUAACCAACAAGAUGCUGGAAGCAGAGGUGUGGCUCAAGUGGUGGUGUGACAGCCUUGAGUGGAAAAAGUCAAAUGAGAGCACAAGGCCCUGAUUUGAAGCCCCAGUAUUGAGGGGGGAAAUAACAAUUUGUAAACAGUUUAUCCCAGUCAAACAGGGAAAUCUAGUCCAGUAAUGAGACUUCCUUUAUCACUGUCCAGGUGAGGAGCCGGAGGUGAGCUCUCCUCCGGUGAGGUGUCAGGUGCCAGGGCAAGUCAGAGGAAGGUGGUUUGGCUUCUCAGCUUUUACAAUCAGCACACUCUUGAAUCUGGGCCCUGCCCCUUCUUUGCUCAGUGGGGUGGGGCCUGAUGCUUUGUCUCUCUCUGGGCUGCUAUUUCCUCAUCUGUAAAAUAGGCAACAUCACUGCCUUCCAGCCCCAUUCGUUCAUGGGUGAGAAUUAAAUGAAGUCAUUCAGAAAGACAUACAGUUCCUGGGAGGUGCUCAAUAGAUGUUUGUUGCCGCCUUUGCCUUCUCUUUGGGAAGGGGAAAACAUAUCCAUUGUUAAGUUCAGAGCUGCUUUGGGGCCUUGUGCCUUUCAUUCUUUUUGUUCUUUUUUGAUCCGAGACCGGGAUUUGAACUUGAUACCUGUUGCUUUUGCUCACUGAUUAGCCCUGUACCAACUGAGCCACUCUUCCUAUCCUGGGCCUUUUAUUCUUCAUUGAACACUCUCUCCUAGAGGGGCCCCAAGGCAGUUCCCUGGGAACUGUUUUCUCCUGGAGACAGAAUCCUUUUCUCAGGGGGGCUCUAGUGAGGGGUUGGGAAGGUUCUCACAGAGUUUUUAUGUAGAAAAGCUGCCUAGGUGACAGCCCUUCAUCAGCUUUCAGCACUUUUCAUUUAUUUCUUCUGUUAGUUUGGAAAGAGGCCUCAGUUUGACUGUUUUAGAAAUGGAAAACCUGUUUCCUUCCUAUGUCUUAAAGAUAUGAGGAUACACUGAUCAGCGACCCUAGAUUCUAAAUGAAAACAAUAUGGGGUGAGUUCAUGGCUUUCAUUACAUCCUUAAGGCAUUUCUCCCCGCCCCUUCCCCCCACUGCCCCAUUUCAUUCAAGCCUCUUAAAGUCAGAACCUUACAGAGGGGGAAAACAUGAAAAAUCAGACCAAUGUUUGCACUUCCACAUUGCCUUUGUGCUCCAACAGGCAAAUCUAGGGAUCCAAGGAGGGCCCACUUUCUCCAAUGGCAGGGAUUAGGUACUGGAGAUACAGAACUGGUUCUCUGAAGGAAGCUCCAGAUGUGGUUGGGAAGAUCUCUCUAUGAAGGAAACAAAUCACUAGAGGUGUGUCCUGUCCCCAGUUCAGGGUGCUGGGGAGUCUGGAGCAUGGCGAGUCCUGGCUCACUAUGCAGGAAUAGCUGUGAAUGGCAGGUCCCUUGAUCAGGACUCAUUGAUUGGUACCUCGCAUACUGAGCCCCUCCAAACGGCUGGCUGUGGGCACCAUUCUAGAAUGAGAUCCUCAAGUUGCAGCAUUGGCCUUGCGAGACUUUGAUGAUGAAUUCCUGAAUUUGAGAACCUACUAUGCAGAGGGUACAUUAGGUAAAGGAAGUAGGUGUGGGAAGUGGAGGACAGCCGUCCGGGAAUGGAGAACACGUUUGCCAGGUUGCUGGGACGCUGUCCAUAGCUUCCCCUUCCUUUUCAUGCACACACACCUCAGGACCAGAAACAUUUGAGAGUUUUUCCACUGGCAAAUGGGAGACUCCAGGGCUUAGUGACAAAUGUCAUGACCCGCUGUGAUUGCUGUCACUCCUGGCAGCCCCGGCCCAGACAUUUAAGAAACUGAAUAGUUCAAGUCUUAAAGAAUUUAGAAAGAAUCUGGACUUGUUUUUUGCUUUUUCUUCCCUUUUCCUUAAUAUGAUUCAAACCAAAGCUACCAUCAUGGUGACUGUAGCUUACAAUCUUGGUGGGAUAAAGUCCAAGUUGCAACAUUGUAUUAAAAAAAAUCUUAUCUGUGUGUAUUGUUAACUCUGGGACUAUGAGGUCUACUUAUCAGAAGCAGGAAGAUAAACACAUCAGGGCAAUUACAUUGUGUUGCUUUUCUUUAAAACCUGGGGUACUCUGGGUGGGGCUCUGAAACCCUGUGGCUUAGUUAUUAGCUCUAUCACUCACAAAUCCACACAGGACCUACAUGUUCAGCUUAGACAGGAUGGAAAAUUUCCAUACUCUUGAGUACUGAAACCUGAGGGGGAGGGAAAUCUUGUUGGGGAAGAAUUUCUUAUGAUGUAGUCAAGUGCCAACUUCUAUUGUCACCUGGGGCUGGCUACAAACUGCUGGGAAAAAAAGAAGCAGAUGGCUCUGUGUUAUUUACAUUUUAAUAUUUGCUGGGGGAAGGCUGGUAGAAAUUAGUUCCAGGGUUAUGGAUUUUUUAAAUUACAGAAUAAAAUUAUUUUUAAAUAUG